UCUCUCGUUUCUGAUCACGAUGAUAAGUUGCUGCUCUACCGCAACAAAAAAGCGGGAGUUUCAUUACGGUCUUUACCGGGCAUAACCUCGCGGUAUCUAUAAAAUAACAUGAGAAUAUUUAUACCAUUAGUACAGGUGUUACUAGAUCAAGAUUAAAGUAGUAUCUUUUUCGGAAAAUGGAGGAAGCGUUAGAAGCCUCUCCUACCUACAGGCUGAAUUUCUCUGAACAGAUUUAUUGCGUGGAGCUGUCACCGUAUGAGUGGUCACAACAUUUAAUCAGUAUAGCUCUGGAUAAAGAAAUUAUUAUAGGCACUGUCAAAUUCCAGGAUGAAGACGAUAUGCUAGAAGAUAUUUCAUACCGCCCGGUUAGGACUUUUCACCAUGCUACGAGACCGCAUGCCAUGGCUUGGAGUCCAGAAACAUCGCUUAGUGUUGUUCCGAAAAUUGUAUCACUCUGCGUGGCAGGUGCAGACUUCAAAAUUCGAUUAUAUAGUAGCAACUUAAACGAAAGCGACGUAUACGAGGUCUUAGACGGUCACAGUGACUAUGUCAAUUCUAUUGCAUUUGAACCUGAGGGAGAGCUCUUGGCUUCAGUAUCGGAUGACCACACCUGUAAAAUUUGGGCUGUAAAGGAAGAUCAAAAAUCUAUUGCAACAUUCCGACUAACGUCCCCUGGUGUGAGCACUUGUUGGCACAACGAGGAAUCGGGGAAAUUAAUGGUAGCUGAGAAAAAUGGUUUGAUACAUUUGUACAAUGUUAGAAGUCUGCAAGCAAUUAUGUCCUUGGAUGCUGGAAUCCUGCCACUGCCAUCAGCUGACUGGGGACCAAACCCUUUAAAAAUAGUAUGUUUGGCAGCUGGUGAAUUACUUCUAUGGGAUGUAACACGUCCUAGUCGACCCAUUGAGUCGUUUACACCACAUAUUGAAGGUGGUCUGAUAAUACGAGCUUCCCGAGCCAAUGAAGAUCUAGUUGGCAGUAUCGGAAGACCCGACAAUCUCCUUAAAGUUACUAAUUUAAAGACUAAACAGGUAGUUCUUAACACAACUAUCGGCAUCAUCGGUGGAUUGUCGUGGCACCAAAAAUUACCUUAUGUAUGUGCAGGCAAUGAUAGAGAACUUUGUUUCUGGAGAAUAAAUACCAAAUGACAACAUAUAACUAGAC